AUGGGGGGCGGUGCGAGGCUAGUCCUCCUCGGGGCUCGGAGCUGGGAAGGGGUCCCUCAUGACCACCUGGGGACAGACACGCUGCCAGCACGGACGCUCCUGGCCAUUCACCAGUGUGACUUUGUUUUCUUUCCCAAAGAUAAUGAUGAGAUUGGGCUCCUGCCUUCAGCUCUAGGAGUGAAGAAGAGAAAAAGAGGGCCCAGAAAGCAGAAGGAGAACAAGCCAGGGAAACCACGGAAACGAAAGAAGCUUGACAGUGAAGAAGAAUUUGGCUCUGAACGUGAUGAAUAUCGGGAAAAGUCAGAGAGUGGAGGCAGCGAGUAUGGGACUGGACCAGGCCGGAAACGACGACGGAAGCACCGUGAGAAGAAGGAGAAGAAAACAAAACGUCGGAAAAAGGGGGAGGGAGAUGGGGGACAAAAGGUUGAACAGAAGUCAUCAGCCACACUACUCCUAACAUGGGGUUUGGAGGAUGUAGAACAUGUAUUCUCUGAGGAGGAUUAUCAUACACUAACCAACUACAAGGCCUUCAGCCAGUUCAUGAGGCCCCUCAUCGCUAAGAAGAAUCCCAAGAUUCCAAUGUCUAAGAUGAUGACAAUCCUAGGGGCUAAGUGGCGAGAAUUCAGUGCCAACAACCCUUUUAAGGGUUCAGCAGCAGCUGUGGCAGCUGCAGCAGCAGCUGCUGCUGCAGCUGUAGCUGAGCAGGUAUCAUCAGCUGUUUCAUCUGUCACCAGUAUAGUUCCCCCUGGGCCUCCACCACCUCCUGCUGAUCUCCAGCCUCCACCCAUUCGAAGAGCCAAAACCAAAGAAGGCAAAGGGCCUGGCCACAAAAGGCGAAGUAAGAGCCCCCGAGUGCCUGAUGGCCGAAAGAAGCUUCGGGGAAAGAAGAUGGCACCACUCAAAAUCAAACUUGGGUUGCUGGGUGGAAAAAGGAAGAAGGGAGGCUCAUAUGUUUUCCAGAGUGAUGAAGGCCCUGAGCCUGAAGCUGAGGAGUCUGACCUAGAGAGUGGCAGUAUCCACAGUGCCUCAGGCCGGCCUGAUGGCACCACUCGAACCAAGAAACUGAAGCGAGGCCGGCCAGGGAGGAAGAAGAAGAAGGUUCUGGGCUGUCCUGCAGUGGCUGGGGAGGAGGAAGUUGAUGGCUAUGAGACGGAUCACCAGGAUUACUGUGAGGUGUGCCAGCAGGGCGGGGAGAUCAUUCUGUGUGACACCUGCCCUCGUGCUUACCACCUUGUCUGCCUUGAUCCUGAGCUCGACAGAGCUCCUGAGGGCAAGUGGAGCUGCCCCCAUUGUGAAAAGGAGGGAGUACAAUGGGAAGCCAAGGAAGAAGAAGAGGAAUAUGAAGAGGAAGGAGAGGAAGAAGGGGAGAAAGAGGAAGAAGAUGAUCACAUGGAGUAUUGCCGAGUAUGCAAGGAUGGAGGGGAACUACUCUGUUGCGAUGCCUGUAUCUCCUCUUACCAUAUCCAUUGCCUGAAUCCUCCGUUGCCAGACAUUCCCAAUGGUGAAUGGCUAUGUCCCCGAUGCACGUGUCCCGUGCUAAAGGGCCGAGUGCAGAAGAUCUUGUAUUGGAGAUGGGGAGAGCCCCCUGUGGCAGCCCCAGCUCCUCAACUGGCUGAGGGGUCACCUGAGAUCCAAGUUCCUCGUCCUCUGCAAGGCCGCUCUGAGCGAGAAUUCUUUGUCAAGUGGGUUGGAUUGUCCUACUGGCACUGCUCGUGGGCCAAGGAGCUUCAGCUGGAGAUCUUUCACUUGGUGAUGUAUCGAAACUACCAGCGAAAGAAUGAUAUGGAUGAGCCUCCACCACUGGACUAUGGCUCUGGUGAGGAUGAUGGGAAAAGCGACAAGCGCAAGAGCAAAGACCCACACUAUGCUGAGAUGGAGGAAAAGUUCUACCGAUUUGGCAUCAAACCAGAGUGGAUGACUGUUCACAGAAUCAUCAAUCACAGCAUGGACAAGAAGGGAAACUACCAUUACUUGGUAAAAUGGAGAGACUUGCCAUAUGACCAGUCAACUUGGGAGGAAGAUGAAAUGAACAUUCCUGAAUAUGAUGCCCACAAAAACAGCUACUGGAAGCACCGGGAGCUAAUCAUGGGGGAGGACCCUGCUCAGCCUCGAAAGUAUAAGAAAAAGAAAAAGGAGCUUCAGGGAGAUGGCCCUCCUACCUCUCCCACCAAUGAUCCUACAGUGAAGUAUGAGAACCAGCCACGGUUCAUCACAGCCACAGGGGGCACGCUGCACUUAUACCAGCUGGAGGGGCUAAAUUGGCUACGAUUCUCAUGGGCACAGGGCACUGACACCAUUCUUGCUGAUGAGAUGGGCCUGGGCAAGACCAUUCAAACCAUCGUCUUCCUUUACUCCCUUUAUAAGGAGGGUCACACAAAAGGUCCAUUCCUGGUGAGUGCUCCACUCUCAACCAUCAUUAAUUGGGAACGGGAAUUCCAAAUGUGGGCCCCCAAGUUCUAUGUGGUGACAUAUACUGGGGACAAGGAUAGCCGUGCCAUCAUCAGAGAAAAUGAAUUCUCCUUUGAAGAUAAUGCUAUCAAGGGUGGCAAAAAGGCUUUUAAGAUGAGGAGAGAAGCACAGGUGAAGUUCCAUGUUCUGCUGACUUCAUAUGAAUUGAUCACUAUUGACCAAGCAGCACUUGGCUCCAUUCGUUGGGCCUGCCUUGUAGUAGAUGAGGCCCACCGGCUCAAGAAUAACCAGUCCAAGUUCUUUAGGGUGCUGAAUGGCUACAAGAUUGAUCAUAAAUUGCUGCUGACAGGAACCCCACUUCAAAACAAUCUCGAGGAACUCUUCCACUUACUUAACUUCCUUACCCCAGAAAGGUUUAACAACUUAGAAGGUUUUCUGGAGGAGUUUGCUGACAUAUCCAAAGAGGACCAAAUCAAGAAACUACAUGACCUAUUGGGGCCACACAUGCUUCGGAGGCUUAAGGCUGAUGUCUUCAAGAACAUGCCAGCCAAGACAGAGCUCAUUGUUAGGGUGGAGCUUAGCCCCAUGCAGAAGAAAUAUUACAAAUAUAUACUGACUCGAAAUUUUGAGGCAUUGAAUUCUCGUGGUGGUGGAAACCAAGUGUCAUUGCUCAACAUCAUGAUGGAUCUGAAGAAGUGCUGCAACCACCCCUACCUCUUCCCUGUGGCUGCUAUGGAGUCCCCAAAACUCCCUAGUGGGGCAUAUGAGGGUGGAGCUCUUAUCAAGUCCUCAGGGAAGCUUAUGCUGUUACAAAAGAUGCUUCGGAAAUUGAAGGAACAAGGGCAUCGGGUGCUCAUAUUUUCCCAGAUGACCAAGAUGUUGGAUUUGUUAGAGGACUUCCUAGAUUAUGAAGGCUACAAAUACGAACGGAUUGAUGGAGGCAUCACUGGAGCACUAAGGCAGGAAGCUAUUGACCGAUUCAAUGCCCCUGGAGCCCAACAAUUCUGCUUUCUUCUGUCUACUCGAGCUGGGGGCUUAGGCAUCAAUCUAGCCACAGCUGAUACUGUCAUCAUCUUUGACUCUGAUUGGAAUCCCCACAAUGAUAUCCAGGCCUUCAGCAGAGCUCACCGGAUUGGUCAAGCUAACAAAGUGAUGAUUUACCGGUUUGUGACACGAGCUUCAGUAGAGGAACGGAUUACUCAGGUGGCCAAAAGGAAGAUGAUGUUGACACACCUGGUUGUAAGGCCUGGAUUAGGCUCUAAGGCAGGUUCAAUGUCUAAACAGGAGCUUGAUGAUAUCCUCAAAUUUGGCACAGAGGAGCUGUUUAAGGAUGAAAAUGAGGGAGAAAACAAGGAAGAAGAUAGUAGUGUAAUCCACUAUGACAAUGAGGCUAUUGCCCGGCUCCUAGACCGGAACCAGGAUGCAACUGAAGACACAGAUGUGCAGAACAUGAAUGAGUAUCUGAGCUCCUUCAAAGUGGCACAGUAUGUGGUUCGGGAAGAGGACAAGAUUGAGGAGAUAGAGAGAGAGAUCAUCAAGCAGGAGGAAAAUGUGGACCCUGACUACUGGGAAAAGUUGCUGAGACAUCACUAUGAGCAGCAGCAGGAGGACCUAGCCCGAAACCUGGGCAAGGGUAAACGUGUUCGAAAACAAGUCAACUAUAAUGAUGCUGCACAAGAAGACCAAGACAACCAGUCUGAAUAUUCAGUGGGAUCAGAAGAAGAGGAUGAGGACUUUGAUGAGCGACCUGAAGGGCGUCGUCAGUCUAAGAGGCAACUACGUAAUGAGAAAGAUAAACCCCUCCCUCCACUGUUAGCUCGAGUUGGGGGCAACAUUGAGGUGCUGGGGUUCAAUACCCGACAGCGGAAGGCCUUCCUGAAUGCAGUGAUGCGUUGGGGGAUGCCACCACAGGAUGCCUUCACAUCCCAGUGGCUAGUACGGGACCUGAGGGGCAAAACAGAAAAGGAGUUCAAGGCCUAUGUGUCUUUGUUCAUGCGACAUCUCUGUGAGCCUGGGGCAGAUGGCUCUGAAACCUUUGCUGAUGGUGUUCCCCGGGAGGGGCUGAGCCGACAGCAGGUGUUGACCCGAAUUGGAGUCAUGUCUCUUGUUAAGAAGAAGGUGCAGGAGUUUGAACAUAUCAAUGGCCGAUGGUCAAUGCCAGAGUUGAUGCCUGACCCUAGUGCUGACUCUAAGCGUUCAUCCCGAGCAUCUUCCCCUACCAAAACAUCUCCAACCACUCCAGAGGCUUCUGCAGCCAAUAGUCCCUGCACAUCCAAACCUGCCACUCCAACCCCAAGUGAGAAAGGGGAUGACACAAGAACACCUCCUGAAAAGGAUGAAGCUGACAACUCAGAAGAAAAGCUAGAUAAAGACAAAAAAAGAGGGGAGAAGAUGGAAACAGAGCCUGAUGCCCCCAGCCCUGCCCCUUCACCAGGAGAACCAAGGAGAAUACUUCUCGGGGAUGAAGAGUCUGGGAUCCCUGGAGAGUUGGAAGCUGAAUCAGGGAGUCGAGGAGAUAAGGAGAAACCAGAAGAGCAUAAGGGAGAGAGGGAAUCACGAUUAGGGCCAUCCCGAGAUGAAUCCCGGUCCAAUGGACGUCGAGAAGAGAAAUCAGAAAAACCACGGUUCAUGUUUAACAUUGCAGAUGGUGGCUUUACAGAGCUGCAUACCCUGUGGCAAAAUGAGGAACGGGCAGCUAUCUCCUCUGGCAAACUCAAUGAGAUUUGGCACCGGAGGCAUGACUACUGGCUGCUGGCUGGAAUCGUCCUCCAUGGCUAUGCUCGGUGGCAGGACAUCCAAAAUGAUGCCCAGUUUGCCAUCAUUAAUGAGCCAUUUAAAACUGAGGCCAACAAGGGAAACUUCCUGGAGAUGAAAAAUAAGUUCCUAGCCCGGAGGUUCAAGCUCCUGGAGCAGGCGCUGGUGAUCGAGGAGCAGCUUCGGCGGGCGGCCUACCUGAACCUGUCACAGGAGCCGGCGCAUCCCGCCAUGGCCCUCCACGCCCGCUUCGCCGAGGCCGAGUGCCUGGCCGAGAGCCACCAGCACCUCUCCAAGGAGUCGCUGGCAGGGAACAAGCCGGCCAACGCAGUCCUGCACAAGGGUAAGGGCCGCGGCGGCCCCGCGCGGGGGAGGGCCCACAACGCUGCUUCUGAACCAGCUGGAGGAGCUGCUGAGCGACAUGAAAGCAGAUGUGACCCGCCUUCCAGCCACCCUGUCCCGAAUCCCACCCAUCGCAGCCCGACUACAGAUGUCCGAGCGAAGCAUUCUCAGCCGUCUGGCCAGCAAGGGCACAGAGCCCUAUCCCACACCGGCCUUUCCUCCGGGUCCCUACGCCACACCACUGGGGUACGGAGCAGCCUUCAGCUCAGCUGCACCCGCCGGGGUCCUGGGCGCCGGCGGCGCCAAUUACAGCCAGAUGCCCGCAGGGUCCUUCAUCACAGCCGCAGCCAACGGCCCGCCCGUGUUGGUGAAGAAGGAGAAGGAGGGGGCAGUGGUGUCGGACGGGCAGGAUCGGAAGGAGCCCAGGGCUGGGGAGGUGAUCUGUAUAGACGACUGAAAGGGCCCCAGCCCUGCCACUCACCCCGUCCCAGGGGCCGUCCUCCAGCCCACAUCCCACCCCUGGGGAUUGCUGCCAAUCCUCCACCUUCCCCACCCCCUGGGCCACCAUCAGGAUAGGAGCCCCUUUCUCCUUCACCCCUAUUUUCCAAACCAGGGCUUUCUCCCUCUGUAUUCCCCCACCCCCCUGCCCCAGGUGCCUUCUCCAUUGAUGCUUUGAAUGAAGGUGCUGUGGUGGGGGAGGGGUGUGGAAGUUGUUCUUUCAAAGUAGCCCCAACCUCAACACACAGCUCUCCAGCAAAUGGUUUGGGGUAAGAGGGAAGGGAAAGGGGUAGGGCUUCCCCAAUUUCCCCUUCCCUCUGCAGUAUUACGCUCCAUCCUCAGUAACCAAGGAGGGGAAUUUGCCCUGUCUAGCCCUUGUGGAUCCUUUUGGGGAAUGGAAGAACUUUUCAGAAAGGGAGGGAAAAAAUUUGAGGUGGGAUGGGAAAUGACUCCUAGAGGGAAGAGAGGGGAGGUGUGGCUGCAUGUUGCUCUCCCCUACCUCCCUCAAAAUUGAGGGUGGGAAAUUGGAGGGAGGAGUGUCAAUUCAUUUUCAGCCUCAGAAUAAAGGCGCCAUUCACUGGCUGAGUCAC